AUGAAUAUAGAUUUCUUCAGAUAUCUACCAUUGGAGAUCAUCAUCGAAAUUGUAUCAAGACUUCCGAUUCGAACCAUUGUAACGUGCAAAAGUGUUUGCAAAACAUGGCGGAAUCUUAUCCAGACUCGCGCAUUCGUCGAUUCCCAUCUUUCUAAAUCAUCGUCGGGAGUAGUUACAUGCAGAAUCUCCAGGUACUUUAAAAUUUUCGAAUUUGUAGAUGAACUCGAUCUCGACCACCACAACCGUCACUACAUUCCGGUCACCGAAUUCUGCUGUAAUAAAUUCAUGGAAUCCUCUCAAUUAGAGGGUUCGGCUAAUGGUUUACUUUUUUUGAGGUCGAUAAUUAAUCGCAAUAAUCUUUACAUAUGCAAUCCAAUCACCCGCGAGUAUAUCCAGCUUCCGUAUGCCGGGAUCUUCAAUUCUUUUUCCGUACUAGUAACUUACGGAUUUGGCGUUUGCAAAAUGACCGGCCGGUAUAAGGUGGUUAGGGUUUUACAAGAGUGUAUUCGUCAUCCCGAUACGGUGGACGUGGUGAGGAUUAUGAAAUGCGUUUGUCACGUUCACACUAUUGGAACGGGAAUAUGGAGAAGCAUUGCCCCUUGCGCCAUGUUGGAGCACGAUUGUUUUUCGACUGCUAUUAACGGAAGUCUUCACUGGCUGGUUACAGAUUUGCAGAAGGGCUUCAAAUUGAUUUCUUGCUUCGAUCUCGAGACGGAAAUCUUUAGCACGUUUUCUCCUCCUCCCCUAAUGGGAAGAAGCGAAAACCGUACGGAGUUUCUCCUAGUAGCUUUGGGGGGGUAUUUAUGUGUGUGUGAUAAUACAUGUGAACAUGAAAUUGUUAUAUGGUUAAUGAAGGAAUAUGGAGACGAGAAAUCUUGGACAAGGGGUUUUGUAGUCAGAAAAUCUCCUGAGUUUCUUCGUGGUAAUUUCGAAUUACCGAACUUUGUUUGUCCGAUCAAAGUUUUCAAGAACGGCGACAUGUUGAUGGCAUGGUUUGAGCUGUACAUGGUACACUACUCCCUCAAGACUAAAGCUGCUACACGGAUCGAUGUGUUUGGACCGUACGAGGAUGAUAAUGACAAUUUUAUUAAUGUGACAGCUAUGCUUCAUAACUCGAGCUUUCUUUCACUCAAAAGUUGCUUCCCGAUGGAGAACGUAAAAUUAUUAUGA